AUGGAAGAGAUCCUUGGAGAUUUAUAUGGAAGCGGCAGAAAUUCAAACGUCACUAAAGAAACGGGCAACGCUAUUACUUUUAGGAGAACUAAACAAGGCCAGAAAAGGAAAAUUGAUGCUACGUUAGAUAAAACGAAAGAGGAAGGUAAAAGCAAAGGGAAUAAAAGGACGAAGAGAGACGUGAAGAUAAAUUGUGUAGAUGAUGAGGACGUCGAGUACGUUUUUAACGUAAAUAACGAUAAUGAUCCUUCCAUAAAGUGCAAAAUUGGGGGAGUAUAUACGGAUCUUUUAGUGGACUCUGGUUGUAAACCAAACCUGAUUACUGUCGAGACUUGGGAAAAAUUGAAAAAAGAUAACGCAAAGGUUUACAAGCAAGUACAGAGACCGACUAAAAGACUAAUUCCAUACGGAACUGAUACACCUCUAAAGGUUGAAGGUUCAUUUGAGGCAGCGGUUACAGCAGGAGUAAGGGAAAUACACGCUACAUUUUACGUCAUCAAUGGAGGGACGAGAGAUUUAUUAGGAAGAGAUUCAGCAACAGAGUUAGGAGUUCUAAAAGUCGGAGUGGGAAUCAAUCAAGUCGACACCAAAGAAUUUCCCAAGUUCAAGGAUGUCGUAGUAGAGAUUCCAAUCGACGAAAAAAUAAAACCAGUCGCCCAACCAUACCGACGGAUACCCAUACCUCUGGAGAAGAAAGUUAACGAAAAAAUACAAGAGUUGCUGGAUUCCGAAAUAAUAGAAGAGGUAAAGCAACCAUCUAGAUGGGUUUCUCCCAUGGUACCAAUCCUCAAGGAGAACGGUGAAUUACGCCUUUGUGUUGACAUGAGGCGAGCAAAUGCCGCUAUACUAAGGGAGAACCACCCUUUACCCACAAUGGACAAUCUGCUGCCUAAAAUCGGCAAGGCUAAGUUUUUCACCAAACUCGACAUCAAGAAUGCUUUUCACCAGAUUGAACUGCACGCUGAUUCCCGGCACAUUACAACUUUUAUAACAUCGAAAGGUUUGUUUCAGUACAAACGGUUAAUGUUUGGAAUCACGUGUGCUCCGGAAGUUUUCCAAAAAAUACUAGAAAGAAUGGUGAUUUCCUGUGAAGGGGUAAUUAACUUCAUAGACGAUAUAUUGGUUUUUGGGAGUACAGAGGAAGAACAUGACAGUAGGGUAGAGAAGGUAUUAAGAAUUUUGGAAGACAACAAUGUGUUACUCAACGACAAGAAAUGCAUAAGGAAAGUCCAGAAGGUUGAAUUUCUUGGCCACGAGCUCACCCCGGAAGGCAUCAAACCUUUAAAAAAGUAUAUAGACAGUAUCGAAAAAUUUGGUGCACCAAAUACGGUUGAAGAACUACAAAGCUUCCUGGGCUUGAUUGUGGAACAUGCAAGACCUCAGGCUGUUUCCAUGAGAGAUAUAACGGAACAGUCUGCAAAGGAUACGGAAAUUACCAAUGUGAAAUCGGGGCUAUACGGAGGCUGCUGGGAUGAUUCGGUAAAAGAAUACAAGAUCUUCGAAAGUGAGUUAUGCUUUUAUGAUGAUAUCCUUUUAAGAGGAAAUCGAAUUGUCAUACCUUUGAAACUACGAAAGGCGGUCCUUGAAGCUGCGCAUGAAGGGCACCCGGGGAUCGUGGCAAUGAAAGGUCGGCUAAGAUCUAAGGUGUGGUGGCCACGAAUAGAUCGUGAUGCGGAAAACCUUGUUAAGAGUUGCAAAGGAUGUACUUUAGUUGGUGCACCGAACCCGCCGGUCCCUAUGAAAAGACGCGAACUACCUUCCGAGCCAUGGGUGGACAUAGCGAUUGAUCUAUUGGGACCACUGCCCAGCAGCGACUACCUAUUAGUAAUUGUUGACUAUUACAGUCGGUAUAAAGAGGUUAAAGUAACGAAGAAUAUUACCAGUUCUCAAAUUAUCAAGAUAUUGGAUGAAAUGUUUAGCAGGCUGGGGUAUCCAGUUUCUAUCACGGCUGAUAAUGGUCGUCAAUUCAUCAGCCAAGAGUUCAAGUCGUUCUUGAAGGAAUGCAACAUCACUCUUUUCAAUACAGUACCCUAUUGGCCUCAGCAGAAUGGCGAGGUCGAAAGGCAGAAUAGGGAUAUAUUGAAAAGGCUGAAGAUAGGAAACAUGGAAAAGAAAGACUUGAAGAAAACAUUGUUUGAGUAUCUGCUUAUGUGUAAUGCCACACCACAUUCAACAACAAAAAAAUCACCUUCAGAACUAUUUUUCGGGAGGAAAUGCAGGGAUAAAAUACUGUAG